CGAGUAGCCGUCUGCUGGCGAUCUGCAGCUGUAGUUGGCGUGGGCCAGAACGAGACUGUUGUAGAGCCAACUCUUAUCGUAGAUAGAACACUUGCAAAGGGCUAUUUGAGGCCCGAUUGGCAGCGAGCGACUCGGUCAAGAAGCGUCACUAGGUUCUCUUGGUCAUGCUGGAUGAAGUAGGUUGAGAUCAGCUGUUGGAGUUGAGAUGCUGUUGGUUGAGUCUCUUUGAUUUGGUUUCCGCUUUUCGACUUUCUGCCUUUUUUUCCGAUCUCAUCAACUCAACCUCAAAGACUUCAUCCCACCCCACGGGUCUCCAGCUUCACGCCACCGAUAAUCACCCGAAACUCCUAGCAAACACUUAUUUCCUUGCAUUGACUGUUUGUUGUUUAAACUCCCGGGGCUCCUGAGGCCCCUUUCUAGCCACCACCAUGAUGCACCCAUCGAGACAGGCGUAUGUCGAAGAGGCGGAGGAGAUGGAUACGGGCAUUAAUCUAGCUGAUUUGCCUGUUGACCGCGACUAUGUGAUACCCCCAUCUACCGCCGGUAUUCCGGCAGAGAAGGCCUCGGCCAUCAUUUCGCAGUUCGAGCGUAAACGAAGAGCUGCUGCUAUGGCAGUCCCGACUGACGACACACGGGUACGCGCACGGCUGCGAGAGCUUGAAGAACCUAUUACACUAUUUGGAGAAGGCCCAGCAGACCGAAGGGAUCGACUGAGGGAACUUUUGACGGACAUUGCAGAGAAGCAGGAAGCGGCGGCCGCGGAGGAGGAUGUCGAGAUGGAGGAAGCAUUCGGGGAGGAGGAAGAGGGAGACCAGCAAGAGGAAUUCUACACAGAGGGCUCAGACGAGUUGCUGAAGGCACGAAAAGAAAUAGCACGGUUCUCACUACCCCGCGCCAAAGCUCGUGUCGCGCGGCAACGAGAAGAAUCAACAAUACCGUUACGGACGCAUAUCAAACACCGGAAGGCUAUCAAAGAGAAGCUAAAUAACUUUGAUCUCUACGGAUCUCAGAUUGCGGGUGACCGGCCGGUCAGCAUUUGUCGGUUUGCACCGGAUGGGCAGACAAUUGCGACUGGUAACUGGGGUGGUGGUAUUCGCCUGCUGUCUGUGCCAAAUUUGGAAGAGAAGCUUUCUGUCAAGGGUCAUACUGAUCGAGUUGGAGGUCUCUCGUGGUUUCCCGGGGCCACACUUCCUGAAUCGAACGUCUCCGAAUCAAGCGUUAACCUUGUAUCGGGAGGGGGAGAAGGCAAUGUUUGUUUAUGGUCCCUUGACAAGGACCAGCCACUUGCUACACUUGGUGGACAUUCUGGCCGAGUCUGCCGGACCGAGUUUCACCCGUCUGGGAAAUACCUCGCAUCCGCAUCUUUCGACACAACAUGGCGGUUAUGGGAUGUUGAGACGACGGCAGAGUUACAGCUACAGGAAGGUCAUUCGCGAGAAGUUUAUACAGUUGCGUUUAACAACGACGGGUCCCUCCUAGCAAGCGGAGGUCUGGAUAGUAUUGGACGCAUUUGGGAUCUCCGAACAGGCCGUACAGUAAUGAUCUUAGAGGGUCACAUUAGGGAAAUUUUUGGUCUGGACUGGGGAGUGGACGGGUACCGUGUACUUUCCGGGUCCGGGGAUGGCUGGGUCAAGUGCUGGGACUUGCGCCAAGUGAAGAAUACCGGUGGGAUCGGGGCACACAAGAGCGUGGUGUCCGAUGUGCGAUGGUAUAAAGGAACCGAGUCAGAAACUGCGUCCUUCUUGCCAUCUACUGAGGGGCAAGCUGGGCGAAUGGAUGUUGACGGGGCCGCGGCUCCUAUACAACCGAAGAAGUCGGGGACGUUCUUUGUGAGCAGUGGGUUUGACAAGAACGUGAAUGUCUUCAGUGCAGAUGACUGGUCUCUCAUAAAGACGCUGAGCGGGCACUCGGGCAAUGUUCUCAGCACUGAUAUCAGCAGCAAUGCGCAGUGGAUCGCCAGCUGUGGGCAUGACCGCACGGUGAAGCUAUGGGGGAUCGAGUAAGCUACAAGCAACAACCACAUAAUUGAACCAGCCCAGUGUCAGUACAUUGUAGAGACGAUGAGCUCUGCAGUAUGUUUUAUAAUGUCUAGAUAGCAGUAUUGUUUCCACGAUGACACGAGAGUCAGCAAAUAGCCUCAACUAUACAACAGCCAAACACCAUAUAUCAGUGACGUCAUUGAGCAAAAGCUGUAGAUGCUGACUAACCACCAGUGUUGUUCCUCCAAA